AUAUGUGGAAAUUGUGAAAAAAAUCUAAACCACUAUAAAUCAUACAAUAUCCCACCUAAACAUAAUUACCAUAAUUCUAUGUGCAAGUGACUACGCUGAAAUCAUCUUAUCCAUCGCUAUGUUUUAUGCUGCGUUGUGAAUCUGUUAAAGUUAUUUUUCGAAAACUGGACACAUAAAACUGAAACAUCUCAAAGUGGGAAUUCGGUUCGUGCUUAUAACCACCAAUAGUUGACCAUUAUCAGUGCAAAAGUGGAACAACAGCAAGGCUUUGAAGAAAUGCAAAUAAAACCUGUAGGCAAAGGUACAACUGUUGAAAUGCAUUGGGUUUGUGCAAUCAAUUUUCAUGAGGAUUAUGCUUAAUAAUCAUAAAGGAAUGCUACUUAAAUCAUUAACAAAUUUCCAAUUUUUGAUAAAGUACAGAUAGAUGAAAAUGGUCUUUUGAGCUACGAAAAUCCCAACUAUCAUAUGGAUCCCCAGCGAUUGGAACGCAAUUCACAUCUGUACGAGGAGAUCAUUUCAGAAUUGCAACAGCAAGGAACACUUCGACCGAUCGCUGGCGUACAAAAUGGUUCACAAAUGAUUAGUAACAAUCGCAAAGGCUACGGAGUGCUCGACCUCGGCACGAUGGGUGUAGAUCGGAAGAGUGGUCCAGACGAAAGUUCCCCAAAGGAGAAGAAAACGUUGCUUAGUGAUACGUCUCCAAACGAGUCGAAAACACAGAAAGAUCAAGAACCGGAGCAUGGUGAAAAAACGCAAGAGAUUCAACACAUUCCUGGGACAUUGAAUUCAGACGACCUGUACGCGUUACCAAAUAAACGAAAACAGUCGGAAGUGGGGGAAGUGCCACCGGAAGAGGAUGACGCAGAUGAUGAAGAGCUCGAUAGGGACGGGUUGGAUGGCGACGAGAAAGGAAAGCGAGAGGACAUCGAAGCCAUUGAGGAUAAGGACAAAACGAAAGAUUUACCACCGGGUUGGGAGAAGCACGAAGAUAACGGAGGUGCAUACUACUGGCAUAUUAAGUCGGGUACCAUCCAGCGUGAACCACCACUGUGGCCAAGGGACGCGAGCAGUCGAGAGUUGAAAACGCCUAGCAUUCCCAUACCGCGAAGUAUACAGAAUUCCUCCUUCACUCAAGCCUUGAACAACCUGUACGGCAAUCCCAAGGAUGGUACUGUUAGCGCCAGUGGCAACAGUAAAUCCGCCCUGUACGACAGUAUGACGUCGUCCGUCACCAGAAGUAGCACCAGCUCGGCGUUGGAUCAAGAAGACGAACGGCGCCGCCGGGAGGAUGUUGCGUUAAAACGACGAAGUUUCCCCUUGAAAUCGGAUACGGAUCGACCAAUUCGUUUUGCGGUGCGUUCGCUCGGUUGGGUAGAGAUUGCGGAAGAAGAUUUAACACCGGAGCGAUCGUCGAAAGCCGUUAACAAAUGCAUCGUUGAUCUGUCACUCGGGCGCAAUGAUAUGCUGGAUGUGGUUGGCCGUUGGGGCGAUGGCAAAGAUUUGUUCAUGGACCUGGACGAAGGAGCUCUAAAGUUGAUAGAUCCGGAAAAUUUGACAAUAUUAAACUCACAGCCAAUACACACGAUACGCGUAUGGGGCGUAGGACGUGAUAAUGGCCGGGACUUCGCGUAUGUGGCUCGGGAUCGUCUCACCAGAAUACACAUGUGUCACGUGUUUCGCUGUGAAACGGCAGCCAGAACGAUUGCAAAUACGCUCAGAGACAUUUGUAAACGGAUAAUGAUCGAACGUUCCCUCCAGCUAGACGCAAAUGGAUCCAACAUGAACAGCACACGGUGUGCGAUACGUCCCACUGAUCUACCGACUGAGAACAGACGCUGGAUACGACAUCCACAAUCAUUCCCAACCCCAAUGGAAGAACCGAAGAAAGUAUUACGGGCACAGUACGUUGGAUGUGCGGAAGUAAACCAACCGACCGGUAUGGAGGUAUUGAACGAUGCUAUUGAUAAAUUAACUUCCUGCACGCCAUCCGAAAACUGGGACUAUGUGAACGUUGCUGUUGCGCCCAGUAUGAUCAGCGUUAAUUCGUCGGAUCCUGACGGACGCUUGCUAUGCGAAUGCCGUGUGCGCUACUUAAGUUUUUUGGGUAUUGGUAAGAACGUCCAGCAGUGCGCAUUUAUCAUGCAUACCGCUCAGGAUAAAUUUGUGGCCCAUGUAUUCUACUGCGAGCCUACAAGCGGACCAUUGUGCAAGACGAUAGAAGCAGCUUGCAAGCUACGAUACCAAAAAUGUUUGGAUGCUCAUCCAGAAGGCAGCGGUCGCUACUCAGCCGAUUCGCAAACGCCUGGAAAGGGAAUUGGUGCGACUUUAAAAAACUUGAUGAGCUCGUUCUCGCUUAAAAAGGAUAAGGUCAGCUCCUGAGAACGAGCCAGAUCUCUGCAGGAAAUCUGGCCACUUCCUCCAGAGAGGGAAGUCAUUCCGCAUCGGCAUCUACAGUCGCCACUGAUCAGCAAGAAAAUAUUUGAGCAUCCCAACAGUCCGUAGCAUACGAUGCUGCCAGUAAGCUGGCAAAAGAUUAAUCUUGCUAAAUACAACAGCAACCAACAUCGGAAGACUACUUACGGCAAGGGUUCGAGUGUGGUGGAUGGACGCUUGAGCGCAGUAGUGAUGGAUGACAACCUACCGAUACCGGCAACUAUAAACCAUGAUGCCAACCAAGAAGCUGUUAUCGAUAUGGUGGAGGAUGGUAGUAUUAAGACGCUUGAUUCCGUCAUGGAAGAAUCAUUUGGAAACUGGUCGGAUGGUCAGUAGAUACACGGUAGUCGAUGAAAAGCCCUCAACCACAAUUUUAAAGCUACAGCAGCUGUGAAAAAUAGAAAGCAACGCAAAUAAUGCAAGACGAAUGAUAACGCAUUAACCAUACUAUAUCAAACAUGCAAUCGCUUCAAUGCGUGCUUGCGAGUAACGUUCGAUAUUGCUACCUUUAGCCUCGGCGCUGUGUUGAUGGAAUUAGGGAGAAACGUUUGGUACAUCACCUUAGUGCACUGUGAGCGUAGAUCGCCCUGUAGAUCAUAAGCGAAGAACAUUGAGCAUCCAUCAUCGGACACGUUUUGUAAAACUGUGUUUAUCAUAGAUCUCUGUUGUGCGUGCAAAAAUUGGCUGCUGUGCGGUCGAUGCGUGAAACAAAAAUAUGCUUUUCAUUUAGUCACAUGAUCAUAGCCGGUUCACGAUUGUUAGCAAUAAUGAUCGAUUUUACGACAAAGCUGUGUGUGUGGAUGUAGCUAUGAAAGGUGAAUGUAUCACAGGAUCAAUUGUGAGAGUAUUUAGGUAUCAAACUGAUACAAAGUAGAUUGCAAUGCUUGGCUUCACAAGUGCUGCAAGCUUCAACAUGCGUUAGGAAUGAUUGUUCGUUGGUAAUUAAGCGGCAGUGACGUUUCUAGACAAGCGCGCAUACGUUUGAACAGUGAUUUUUGUUUGGUUUUAUCUAAUAGUCAUUAAUAUUUUUGCAUUUUUCUCCCAUAUCAUUCCUCAAAAUAUUCUUUAAGAAAAAUAUAGUUUUGAAAUCAAAUUCAGAUUUGUUUUUACUGUGUUACCUUAGUCGAAUAUUCCUUCGUUGAGCUAGAUAUUGUAAAAAUGUCUCUGUUAAUGGAGUGCUUUUUUUCGAUCGAUUUUGAAUUCCAUGUGAUUCGUUACUUUUUAUGUUUUAGACAUUGUCUUUUUUUUCAAAAACGCAACUCACUAGAAUAAAGCAAAUCGUUAGUAAAUCGAAACUGCCGUUCAAUUUAAAUAUAUUUCCACGCUCGGUGUAUAUACAUUUAUACUCUUAUAUAUUUUUGUAAAGGAACAAUAGAAAGAUAAAAAAAAACAGGGCAAGUAACAGUAAAUACAGUCGAAGAACAGAAGGAAGAACAGAGGAAAGAGCAUAUUAUUUAACAUUGAAUUAAAAACCCUGUAGGACAAAUGUUAAACAACUAUAUAAAAUGCUAAGUGCACCAGGAGAAUCAGUUUUACAACAUGAUGAAAAAAAAACGCUUGUGUAACGCCUUUUGCCUUGCGUGUACGUAAACCAUGAUCCGUUGAUUUUCCGAAAGAAACGUGAUAACUACCGCCUCUUUGGUAACGAUAGUAGCGGUGCUUACAAUGCAGAUAAGAAAGUGACGAUACUAUAGACGUAUAUGUAUUAUUUUUGCUAUGUAACAGAUUGCGUUUGCUUUAGGAACUAUUCUAAAUAAUGCAUAAGACAAGGAAGGAAGAAUACCGAACGAUAGGGAUGUUGGAAGUGAAAUAAAAUCAGAAAACAGAUAAAUGAUUGGAAAUUCUAUAAAAGUUUUAUAGAGCGAAACAGAAAGAGAGAGAGAGAUAGAGAGAGAGAGGGGGAAAGGAGAUAAACAAAAAGGAAAACAUGCAGAAACCUGUUGAAAUGAAAAAAAGUGCAGUAAAAACCAAACAACCAAAGGCUCGCGAAGUAGAUAUAGCGAAAAAAAAGUUAUUUGUAAAAAAAAACCAGAACCCUCCCUGGAUUAUUUACUUCCAUCCCUAUGUCUCCUGCAGAACUUUGCAGCGGAACACAUAUUCGUCCUUUCAGUAACGUCCCUAAAAUGUUGUCGGUUGUCUAUUGGUAUGCUUUGGUUCGCCUUUGUAAGCGUGCAAACUCUACCAUACUUAACAAAUUGCCCUUCAAUAGUAUAGUCCAUUUUUUGUCAGUCCUCUUUAUGCUCUCAAACGCAAGUUAUUAAUUUUAUUACGAUUGAUACAAGUGAUCGUAUACUUUUUCCUAAUCUUGGCUUAACAAUCUAUUUUAAAACGUUGCUACGGGAUGACCGGUCCUAAUGGGAAUUUGGUACUGUCGUGUGAAUAACUGGCGCCUUUACCAUUACCUCACCGAUCAGUCCCGGUGAUCAUUUUAUUAUGGUCUAAUUUAUUCCUCCAAUUUAAAAGUUUAUUUUUUCAUUUAGUACGUAUUACAAUGCCGAUUUGACGAUUUAUUUUUGUUUUCGGUUAAGUUCGUUAAACCAUUGCUUGGAUUACGGAUUGAGAGUGCACCCUAUGCUCCUUCCAAUUGUACUACAUUGCAUGGACCAAUUGUGCUAUAUUCGAUAUACAGCGGAAUCACAUAAACUGUACACCGGAAACACGAAUCAGGAAUUUAAAUGGAACAGAGUACGGCACACGGUUUGCCACCAAGACAAACAAAACAAACAGAAGAAAAGCUUUUCUUAGCUAUAUUUCUUGCUAUAUUUUUGUUGAUGCUUACAAGUAGCAGCUAGUCGGAGGAGUACCGAUACCAAAAAUCAUCUAAAAGCGAAUAAGUAAACAGAGGAAAGCGGAACGCAGUAUCACAUCGAGCUAUUUUAUGCUACCAAAGAGAUAUAACAAAACAGAAAAAAGACAAAUGUUACAAACAUGAUGCAUAACACAUAAUCGAUACUAUAGGUAAAAAUGGCUUGAUGAAGCUUGCAAGAAACAAUCGUGUAUUACAAUACAACAAGGAGAGUAAUGAAAAAAAAACAAACAAACAAAAGAAGCUAAUAUCAUGUAUCUUUGCAGAUGUUUUGUAUGACUAGCUAUACCGAAUUGUAGCAGAGGAAUAAUUUAGUUAAAGACAGUUGAUCCACCGGUUUGUCACACAUGAACAAUUUCCGUUUACGUAUGAUUUAAAUAAAUGGCUUGAACAAAAUUUCACAGUA